AUGACCGGCUUGCAGUCCUCACCGAGAGUUCUCCACGGCAUCCCACCGGAGAUCAUGUCUAGCCUCCAAAUAGAGCUCACUAAAACGCUACGCAAUCUGGACGAUCAUAUGGGCAACCUCCUCUGCCUCGCUACCUUUGCUCGUAUCGCAUCUUCUCAGAGAGUACCUAGAGGCGAUGAGAGCGCACAGCAAGUCCCUGGCUGGUUACAGAACAUUAGGCAUUUCUUUGGUGCAAAGCGCGGCCUGAAAACGUUAGAUCUCGUUGUUCUGCGGGUAAUACUUGCUUGCUCAACGAGCUGCCAAAGUCUGAUGACCGAUCAGGCCGCGGAAAGUAUCAAACUAGGAAUUGAGAUAUGCGCGACCGUGGAGGGAAGUCAGCGAGAGUCUUGGAUACAGAGCAACUCGUCCAAGAUUGCGAAGCUUUGCGAGAAAGUCACGAGGGAUAAUAUCGAUCCUGAAGUGCAGAUGCUGGGUAUAACGUUCUUGGUUUAUCUCCUCCCAACGGCCACCUUGCCGUCUGGAUUACCUGAAGUUGCUUUGCACUGGCUCUUGUCAGAGAACAGCACACGCAUACUAGCAGCACUGCCUCAGGAAUAUAUUUCACGGUUGGCAGAGGCGAAUGUGGUAAGUCAAAACAAUGCGCCUAUAGAAAACAAUACUAAGUGCUUUAAGCUUUGUCCGGGGCAGACUGCGAUGUGUAGGAUCAUGGAUUAUGUGAUUGCCACAUUAAGCACCAGGCACUCCGCAGAUGCUGCUAAUGUGGAUACUAUCCGCGUGGCACAAUCACUUGUGAUCGGGUUACAGAAUGUGGUCUCACAGGGUUUUGGCACUACUGCAGCAGAGGCUACUUUAACCCGGCUUAAGGGAUCCAUCGAUGAGCUAAUCGAAAGCUUUCCAAGACGGCCUUACUUACCAUCAUGCCAGAACUCCACUAUAUGCUACACAUUCGUUUCAGAGUCAGAGAAUGAAUUGCUCUACGACCUAUUCUCAUUAUAUUUUCAGGCUUCGCUUUCACCAAGUCUAGAUCAAGGCGCUUCCCACUUGACCCACAUCGAUUCUUUUCGGGCGUUUAUGUUCAAAGCCAGGAAUCUGAUAUGCCACAAUACCUGUUCAUACUCCGAAAUUAAGCCUCUCAAACUUAGGGGAACAGUCUCAUUUCUGACGAUCCAUGAUGAACGUCCUAACUCAAGGAAUGACUGGAGAGCUGGAUUAUCAGAGACCCUUAUGUUAAGCGCACGCACAUCACAUGAUAGCAUGAUGCAAAAAGUUGAGGAAAUAUGCCAUGAUCUGGAACGCCGUUGUGGCAGUAUUGAGGCUCCCUUAAGGGCCGUCGAAGAAGAGCGACGCAAGAUAUCGCUCGAAGCACAGGAAGCGAAAAAACACAAUGACGAGCUGAGAUUACAGUUGCAGCAAGCAUCCAGAACAAUUGAUGAGCUUCAACAAAACAUGUCUCGUCUCGAAGUUCAUGCCGAAGCUGCAUCUGCUCGUAUUGAGGAGUUAACAGUAAGCCUUGAUGCGGCACGAGGAGAGCUAGAGGAUCAACGGCGCGACUCCCAAGAGGCCGCCAACCGGGACCGAGAAAACGCAAGAACCAGAGAGCUGGAUUUGAUUGCCUCGGUAGCAGAAAAAGAGGAGCAGCUAGAACAGUUACAGGAAGAUGCCCAUCGACAAAGGGAAGAGAGUGGCCGGCUACAGCAGAUGCUUGACGCUAGGUCGAAAGAGAGAGACGCCGCUAUUGAACAAAAUGCAAUGUUUGAGCAAGACAUGGCAAAGCUUCGUGAAUGCAUAGAGGAAUAUCGGUUACUGCUAACGGGAAAGGAUGAGGAGGUCGCUCGACUGCAGGCUGCCAAGGAAGAUAUAGAGACCUUGAUGGAAACCUUACAAAGCAAGUUAAACGAAGAGGUUUCGGAAUCCGAUAAUAUCAGAUCCGCCCUCCGUGAAGCUGAACUGAAUUUCAAAAGAGAGUUAGCUACUCUUACGGAGCAAUUCGAGGUACAAUUGUCUGCAAGUGCUGCAGAGGGCACAAAGCAAAAGGAGGAGAUCGCAACGUUACAGGCUACUAUGCAGGCUGCUGCCUCUACUGCCUGUAGGGAGCUGCAGACAAAAGAGAAGAGGAUACAGUACCUGGAAAAGAAGGUGCAACAUCUACGAGAUGAGCGAGCAGCUAAAGCACGUGAAUUUUCCGAGGCCCAGCAACAUAUCACCCGACUAAUGGCUGUGAUGGGUUGGAAACCCGACACUACAAAUACGACAACCUCAGGCAGACAAUCGCGGUCAAGAUCUUCGCUGGGACCGUCGCAAGCGGCAGUGACACAACAACAAACGCAUCCCGAGGAUGAAUGUUCGCAGCCGCAAGCCGAUAUUAUUCUUGCUCAGUCUUUUGAGACAGAUACGUCCCAGUUUGGCGGGCGUAGUCCGAAGAGAUCUAGGAUCACCGCUUUCCCUGUGGCCGAGUUACCAGCAGAGUCCCACGAGAGCACCGAAAACAAGGCGAGACAUCCAGUUUACCGUAGAGGUGGUACUAGGCAGUCGCGUGACCGAACGGUGCUAGGAGACACAGAUCAGAAUAGCCAGCCCAGUUCACAAGAAAACAACAAGUCAAUUUCUAACCGACGGGGAUCGUUCAAAGACGUCCAAUCUUACGGUGGUGCUAAUGAGAACCACCUCCAGGAUGUAAACCUGGAUAUGGAUCUGGAAUUUUCGAAGGAUUUUCUUUUCACCAGCACUUCUCUUUCCCAGGCAACUGAUGAGCACAACCCUCAGCCCGAGAUCUGA